AUGUCGAACUCCAUGCAUCAAUCUUCGACUGUACACGACGUCACUCCUGAUGCAGUCACCCCCGAAGUUGGCCAUCCUGCAAUUGAUCUCAACCUUCCAGAUCUGAACGAUCCACUGGAAGAUCAGGAUCCGGAUUCGUCCGUCUCCGACUGCGAGAGCCUCAUCUCCACCUGUCGAUCUGACACUGCUCUAAUGCCCUUCAUCAGCAGCGGGUUGACGGAACUUAGCGAGGGAGACCAGGCCUUCCGCAUUAUCAGGGAGAGAUUCGUCUCGUGGCUAGGUGCGCAUGGGGUGGAAGUCGCCGUGGUGGCAAUCCACCAGAACAGCUUCUCCAGCGUCUCGGCCAAAGCACGGGCCCAAGUGUUUCAACUUUGCUCCCAGGCAGUGCAGCAGAGAAGCGGCGGCGGCGACACCGCCAACGUGAGGCACGCCUGGUAUGCGAUCUCGAGGGAAGAGGUGCCCAACAUCUUCUCCUAUGGCUUUGGCUAUAGUGGGAAGCCUAUGAACAGUGCCUUGUUUGGUCGUGGACUUUAUUUUGCUCCCGAAAUUCAUCUCAUCGAAAGUGCUAAGUAUGCCCCUAUGGAUAGAGAUGGUCUUAGGCAUCUAUUGCUUUGCCGGGUCAUAUUGGGGAAAUCAGAACUUGUCACUUUUGGUUCGGAACAAUCUCAUCCUAGCUCAGAACAAUAUGAUUCGGGCAUCGACGACUUAUUAUCUCCAACAAGAUACAUUGUUUGGAGCACCCAUAUGAACACUCACGUGUUGCCAGAGUACGUUAUCAGCUUUAGAGCCCCUUGUGACUUGAGAGAGCUCUUGAAGAUCUUACGUCCAUCUGACAUGAAUUUGGUGGCUAAGCAUUAUGAGGACCACAUGCGGGGAAAGAUUUCGAGGCAUGUGCUGGUACAGAAAGUAAGGCAAAUUAUUGGGGAUAAGUUGUUGAUUGAAAUCAUCAACAGUUACGGAACUAAGGUGCGGAUUAUGAUCCUUUGA